CACCAAGUAACAAAAGCUCAUCUAACUUUUUCAUUAACUAACUUCGGCGAAGGUUUUACACACACACACACACACACACACACACACACACACACAUGGGUGAAACUCCGGUCCGUUUUGGAAUAUUGGGGUGUGCUAAUAUAGCGCGGAAGGUAUCAAGAGCCAUUAGGCUCGCUCCCAACGCCACCAUCUGCGCCAUCGGUAGCCGUUCGAUCGAAAAGGCGACCAUAUAUGCGUCUGAGAAUGGCUUCCCGGCGACGGCUAAAGUGUAUGGCAGCUACGAAGCGGUGAUCGAUGACCCGGACGUGGAAGCCGUGUACGUGCCUCUCCCGACGACCCUGCACCUGCGCUAUGCGGUCUUGGCCGCCCAGAAGAAAAAGCACGUGCUGUUGGAGAAGCCGGUGGCUCUCAACGUGUCGGAGCUGGACACCAUCUUGGAGGCGUGUGAAGCCAAUGGUGUGCAGUUCAUGGACGCCACCAUGUGGAUGCACCAUCCACGGACGGCUAAGAUGACUGAGUUUCUCUCCGACCCACACCGUUUCGGCAAACUCAAAUCGGUUACUAGCUCGGCUGCUCAUAAUCCGGGUCCUAACUUUCUUAAGAAUAACAUUCGUGUGAAAUCGGAUUUGGAUGCUCUUGGAGCACUUGGUGAUUCUGGAUGGUACUGCAUCAGGGCAAUCCUUUGGUCCGUCGGCUAUGAACUCCCAAAAUCUGCAACAGCUCUGCGUGACCCCGAAUAUAACGAAGCAGGAGUGGUUCUCUCAUGUGGCUCUUCUUUGAGUUGGGCAGACGGGAAAGUUGCCACCUUCUAUUGUUCUUUCCUAACAAAUUUGACAAUGGAUAUAAAUGCACUUGGAACCGACGGAAAUCUGCGUGUUCAUGACUUUGUUAUUCCUUUUCAAGAGGACGUCGCGCCCUUUUAUGCAGCUUCAAAUUCUAGGUUUCAGAAACUCGCUAUUGGGUGUGAACCAAAACCGAGCGAGCACUGUGUUACCACAGAUCUUCCUCAGGAAGCUCUAAUGGUGAAGGAAUUUGCUAGUCUGGUUGGAAGUAUCAAGCGAAAUGGUUCGAAACCUGAGAAGAAGUGGCCAACCCUCAGUAGGAAGACACAACUGGUUUUGGAUGCUGUCAAGGCAUCGAUUGAGCGUGGUUUCGAGCCUGUCGAGGUUGGGAAUUAGUUGAGCACCGUGUUCUUCCCCUGUUAAAUCCUUGUUAUUGGCUUUUGGGGUGAACAACACACAUAAAAUAAAAUUCACCCCACGUCAAAGUUUAUGCCUCAAGAUCCACAGAGCACAACUCAUAAAUAUAUAUUAAUUCCGUUUAAUCGCAUAAAAA